AUGCUACCGAUAAGAAGAAACUGGGAGGGAAGUGGGAGGCCGACCCGUUGGUUUGUCUUCGCCUACCUUCUCCUCCUGGCUUUACCAUGUAUGGGCUUCCUCCCAAACUUCUGGUCUCGAGUGUUAACCCUGUCCUGGGACUCCCACACACAUCAGUACAUCACAGAACGGGCCAUCCUCAAUGUCACCCUGGAGGUUCUGCGGGGCACCACAAAACACCUGGAACUCCACACAGAUGAAGGGGACAGACUAGGCCGUGGCUUCUGGAGGGCCGUGAGGGAGGUUGUGAACUCUAAUGCUGCCAUGGACUUCUUGAGCUCCACCAAAUCUGACCCAGUCUACCACUUUGAUUCAGAACGUGUUGAAGGCUCCAUUUCGAUGUUAAGGCAAUUCUGGACAAAGACUGUGCUGUCAGUACGGGCCAAAGAGUACCAGAGUGCCCGGUACAGCUUGGGCCAGCUGUUCCAUUCUCUGCAGCUUGGAAAACCUUUCCAUUUGCCUGCAGAAGACACUCCAACGUGCAUGGAGUGCUUCAGCACCACGUGCCGAACCAACCUCCUGCCAGCACUGGCCAACAGGCAGGACGGCUCCCAGCUGCUGACCACUGGCUACUUCAGCAAUUCCCCUCGCAAACCUAAGGGAAAGUGUAGCCAUGGAGGCAUGAUGGACCUCAGCAGAUAUUUGAGUGCCAAAGGGGGGAUCAACAAAGACAGCACUUCGUCACUCUUCUCCCCCCACCACUACCUCCAUGUCGAAGCUGCCGCUUUGGCUACUGAGGCCACCCUGACUGUACUGAGAGACCUGAAAGACACUGUGGGCCACCGAAACUUCCUCAAGCUCUUCAGCGUGAAGCAGGUCCCCGCUUUGGUGUUUGUCAUGGACACCACGGGCAGCAUGUUUGAGGAGAUCACGGCGGCUCGCCUCAGAGCUCUGUCCAUCAUCCAGAACCGAGCCCACAGCUCCAGACAGCCUGGCACCUUCGUGCUUGUGCCAUUCCAUGACCCAGGGGUGGGACCGGUGUACGAGGUGGAGGAUCCGAACCACUUCUUGGAGCACAUGGAGAGCCUGAUGGCUCUGGGAGGAGGAGAUGAACCAGAGAUGUGUCUCUCUGCCAUUCAGAUCUUUGUGUUUACCGACGCCUCCCCUAAAGAUGCUCAUCUGUUUGAUGCAGUGAAGGCCCUCGCCUUUGAGAAACAGAGCAAGAUAACAUUUCUCCUAACUGAAGACCCUAACUACACAAGACGGAGGAAGAGGAGACGAAAAAGGAGGAGUAAGGAGCCCCUGUCCCCGGACCGUUUCUCUCUCUACUCCUCUUUGUCCUCCUCGUCUGGAGGGCUGACCAUAUUUACCACCAACUCUGACAUCCAGAAGGUCUCCACCAUAGUAGAGGACAACACAGCUGUGGACAAGGUGACCCUCCUCCACGCAGAAAGUGAUGAAGAGAUUAUGUCUGUCCACUCCUUCCGUGUUGACGGCUCAGUGAAAAAUGUCAUCCUGCGCAUCACUGGCACACUGAUGGAGUGCACCCUCACCAGUCCCUUAGACCAAAGUCAGUCCCUGCUGAGGGAGACUGGCCCGCUGGCUGAGUUGGAGCACUUCGAGGGUCUGUACCGCAUCAGGCUGCUCCUUCCCAUAGAACCUGGCCAGUGGAGCCUUCACACAAAGAGUGAAGAACACCUCACAUUCGAUGUAAUAGCGGACAGCAGCGUAGAUUUCCUGUAUUACUUUGCCACUGUGAGCAAUGAAACACACCCGGGUCUGGCCAGAGUAGAGGGCAGUCCUGUAGCAGGUGGCCCGGCCUUUCUGGUCCUGGCUGUUACAGGCCUGGCCUCCAGUAAGAAGGUGUCCUUCAGCCACGCAACGCUGCUCGGGUCUGAGGGAGAAAGCCUUCUACAGGUGAAGCUGAAUAAAUCGUCCUCCUCACCGUUUCAUGCCUUGGAGGAGCUUGUGGGCUUGGUGGACUCUGUCCCCACAGUUCCCUUCUGUAUCCAACUUACAGGCCAAGACAGCGCCGGAAACAAGCUGGAGAGAGUUUCCACUGAGAUGGUUCAGCCCACUCAUGUUCAGAUACAGGUGGUGUCAUUCCCACGCCUUGUGCCAGGUCACAGUACAAAAGUGGACUUUGACAUCCUGAACCACGGUCCAGCUCGACCCUUCGAUUUAACUGCAGAUGACGACUGCGGAUAUCUUCAGUCACGAGGACCACACAGGUUCCAUGUAGAGGAAAACGGGUCUUUCCGUGGUCAGGUGUACCUCCUGACUCCGUCCACAGCCCAGGCGGGAGCGACGGUCACCCUCACGCUCACCGUGCAUGCCCUGAACUCUCCGGAAUCCAACUAUGCUGUGGCCUACUUGACUGUGGUCCCACCGGACCCUGACACCUCCCCGCCAUCCUGCUCUGCCGCGCGGGCCGUCGCCGACUGCUCUGCCCUUUGCGAGGAGUCCAGCUGGAACGUGUCUCUGGUGGUGUACGACAAUGGCCGCUCCGGCCUCUCCGACGUCCAGCUCCAGAAGGGCGGAGGUGUCCUGACUUUAUUUCACCGCCCCCCGUCCUCAGAGCACGGCGCCGGGGCCGGUGGAGGCCGCCGCCAGCGCCCUGCUCACCGCCACCAAGCCAGGCUGAGGGCAGGGGACCCCCCCCUGAACAUUUCUGAAUGGGCGCUGGGCCUCUCACAGCCACUGUGGGUGACCUACACAUCCAGCUGCUGCCACUCCCAGGCAGAGAUGCUGGUGUGGGACACGGCUGGAAACAUGAAACGCUGCCAUCUAACGUCUGGCCUGCGGAGGAGGCUAACGGACAGGAGCACAGAAAGCAGUGGGGCCGGACGAUUGACCGCCCCAGGCCCCCUUUUCCUGUUGGUGGGCCUGCUGUGGGCCACACCGACUUGCACAUUACAUGACAGAAUUUGUGGUGGGCCGCUGGGCACCGCGGAGAGCAGUCAAGAGGAGGAUUUGGUCCAGCGUAAGCUUGUGGGUAUGGUGGACAGAACAUGUGCCCAAAAACACCGGCAAGCAGAGAUGGAGGAGAGAGGACACUGGGGGAGUAAGGUGGAGUUCCUCCUGGCCGUGGCUGGAAAUGUCGUUGGCCUCGGAAACGUGUGGAGGUUUCCGUACCUCUGCUACAAAAACGGAGGGGGUGCCUUCCUGGUGCCGUACCUGGUGUUUGUGGUGACCUGUGGAGUGCCUCUGUUCCUGCUGGAGACAGCGAUGGGCCAGUACACCCAGGAGGGGGGCGUCACGUGCUGGAGGAAGCUGUGCCCGCUGGCAGAAGCGAUUGAUAAGUCUUGCUCUGCAGGUAUUGGUUACGGCGGGCAGCUUAUCCUCCUCUACAGCUGCAUGACCUACAUCAUCAUCCUGGCCUGGGCCCUGCUCUACCUCGUCUUCUCCUUCAGUGCGCAGCUCCCGUGGGCCAGCUGCAGCAACCACUGGAACACAGAUGACUGCGUAGACUUUUCGACAGGGAACGACACUUUCCAGUCGGCCAACAGGACCAACUCUUCCUCCGCCGCCACAGAAUUCUGGGAACGGCGAGUGCUGGCCAUCUCAGGGGGGAUUGAAGAGAUAGGCAGCAUCAGGUGGGAGGUUCUGUUGUGUCUUAUCGUUAUGUGGGUCAUCUGCUACUUCUGCAUCUGGAAAGGGGUCAAAUCCACAGGAAAGGUGGUUUAUUUCACUGCCACCUUCCCCUAUGUGAUGCUGAUCGUCCUUUUGAUCCGGGGACUCUGUCUCCCUGGUGCUCUUCAAGGAGUUGUGUUCUAUCUUCUGCCCGAUCCGUCGCGGCUCACGGAUCCCCAGGUGUGGAUGGAGGCCGGGGCUCAGAUCUUCUUCUCCUACAGCAUCGGCGUGGGCUCCCUGACUGUGCUCGGCAGCUACAACCGACACGACAACAACUGCUACAGGGACUGCCUGUGGCUGUGCCUGCUGAACAGCGGCACCAGUGUGGUGGCCGGGUUCGCCGUCUUCUCUGUGCUGGGAUUCAUGGCUCACGAGCAGGGCGUCCCCAUUGCGGAAGUGGCAGAGUCAGGUCCAGGCUUGGCGUUCAUCGCGUACCCUCAGGCCGUAGCUAUGAUGCCUCUGCCCCAACUGUGGUCCAUCUGCUUCUUUGUCAUGCUCAUUCUUUUGGGUCUGGACACACAAUUUGUUGCCAUGGAGGUGGUGAUGACCUCCAUCAUAGACAUGUUUCCCAGAGUGAUGCGCAGGGCAGGCCGACGGGAGAGUUUCCUCCUCCUCUUCUGCCUGAUCUGCUUCUUCUCUCAGCUCGUCAUGAUCACCGAAGGAGGCAUGUAUGUGUUUCAGAUGUUCGACUACUAUGCGUGUAACGGGGCCUGCAUCCUCUUUCUCUGUGUGUUUGAAACUCUGGCCAUGGGAUGGGCAUUUGGGGCCGAUCGGCUGUAUGGAAUAAUAAAAGACAUGACAGGGGAGCGCGCCAACCCCUUCUUCAAAGUGUGCUGGCUCUACCUCACGCCGCUGGUGUCACUGGGAUCUUUUAUAUGCUCUUUAGUCAAGUACCAGCCCCUGACGUUUAACCGCUGGUACGUGUACCCGUCCUGGGCCUACGCGCUGGGCUGGGUGAUGGCCCUCUCCUCCAUCCUGCUCGUGCCCGGAUGGGCGCUGUACAAACUGGGUACCAGCACUGGGACGCUCAGACAGCGCUUCCAUGGCCUGUGCUGCCCUGCUCCCGAUAGCUCACUGACCGGAAAGGGAGCCGCAGAGCUGCAGAACAUGGGAGCUGAACUCCUGCACCCAUUCCGUGCCAACCAAGAGGAAAGAUCACAUGGACCUGAAAACCUUCUAUAG